CACAUAUACACACACACGCGCGCGCACGCGCGCGCGCGCAUCCCCGUGCACCACGCAUCACCACCGUCGACGGUAACGGUAUGGUUCACGCGGAUACAUGAGCCUCUCUCUCUCUCUCUCUCCACAUAUAUAUAUAGAUACUAUUCUAUCUAUAUGUGUCCGUCUAUUUAUAUGUCUGUCCAUGUAUCUAUCUGUCUAUCGAUUUGUUUAUCUAUCUGACUCCUCUCGCGCUUCCGCUUUGCAUCGCGAGUGCUCUCGUAACGCGCGAUACUUUCUUUUCUUUUUUUUCGACCAAUCUCACCCGAUAGAUCAGGAUACGAUUGUCGAGUGGCAUUGCCACCGAUAUUUCCACCUCUGAUAUAUACCUAGUGUCACCAUAAAUCGAUAACAGUUGCCCUGUCGUGUGAUAAGAUGGAGGGUAAGAAGGAUCUCCGCGGAGAGUGCCGAAAAGAGGAUAUAAUAUCAGAUAAUAACAACCGCAAAUUGGAGAUAAAUCCUUUUCCGAACUCAGGUGGAAAAUCAUAAUUAUGGAACCUACUGCAAGAAACAUGAAGGAAGCCGACAACAGCGAAACUAUAGAAAACAUCCUCAAUCACGACAAAUAUUUUGUACAUAAUGUGUCAUAUGCGUCAAAAAUGGCCGCGGUGGACAUCGAAUUCAAUGAUUUGACGUAUGCGGUGUCGAGUUUUCGAAAAGAAUCAAAGAUGCUUUUAAAAGGAAUUAGCGGACAAUUCAAAUCGGGUGAGAUAACAGCGACAAAAAAUUUUACUGCAUCGUAAAAACUUGCAAUUUAUCAUAAACAUUAAAGCAGACAUUCCAUAUACAGAUGUACGGAGAUAAAUGGCUCAAUAAUUAUCAACGGACAGCCGCGGGAUAUGCAGAAGUUCAAGAAAAUGUCAUGCUAUAUCAUGCAAGAAGAUCUCGCGCAACCGGGACUCACGGUUAUAGAAGCGAUGUCCUUCGCCGCAGAGUUAAAACUCGGCAAAAAAAAAUCACAAUCCGAAAAACGUAUCGCCAUAAACGAGAUUCUGACUAUAUUUGGAUUGUCGAAAACACAAGACACGCUUAUGGAACGUCUCUCCGGUGGCCAGAGAAAGAGGCUGAUAAUCGCACUCGAACUAGUGAACAAUCCACCUGUAAUUUUUCUCGAUGAACCGACCACCGGAUUAGACGAGUUGUCCUCUUUUCAUUGCAUCGAUAGUCUUCAAAAGCUGGCACGUUUCGGACGAAAUGUUAUAUGCUCGAUACAUACUCCCAGCGCGACUGUAUUUAACAAAUUUCACAACAUCUACAUCAUGGCUGCCGGUCAAUGUGCUUAUAGGGGCACCCCGAAUAACAUAUUGCCAUUCCUACAAGGCAUAGGUCUAGAAUGUCCGAAGCAUUACAAUCCGGCGGACUUCGUAAUAGAAAUCAGCUCGGGCGAUUAUGGUUCCGAUCCGAUCAAACAAAUGAUUAUUACUUGUGCCAAGAAGUUACCGAUUCUUCCGAUUUCUCGAGCAAAGUAUAAACUCGAGCUUGAUACGCAGAAUCCGAAAGUUUUUUGGCUCGAUCAAUUCAAAACGCUAAUAGAAAGAAUGAUAUUGCAACUUUAUCGAAAUAGAAAUUAUAUUUAUAUAAAGACAUCAGUAUAUAUUUUUUUGGGACUAAUAAUUGGCUCAAUGUAUUUUAAUAUGGGCAAUGACGGCUCCAAGACUGUGUUCAAUUUUGGCUUUUGCUUCGGGUGCCUAAUAACAUUCCUGUACAUACCCAUGCUAUCAGUAUUACUGAAUUUUCCUUUUGAAAUUAAGGUAAUAAAACGAGAAUACAUCAACAGAUGGUACAAUCUUAGCGCGUACUAUUGGGCCCUAACUGUAAUCAAUAUACUUCUACAGAUACUGUUCGGAUUUAUAUUUCUUUCAAUAGUCUACUUCAUUACGGGACAACCCUUGGAGUGGCAUAGAUGCAUUAUGUUCUUUAGUACUUGCUUCAUAUGCUCCUUCAUCGGGGAGAGUAUAGGAUAUAACAUUGCUACCAUAUUCAAUUCCGUAAAUGGUAUGUUCAUCGGACCAGUGAUACUUUGUACCAUGGUUUUAGCCGCGAUGCAAGGUUUUGGAGAUCCCACUUCUCUAUCAAUUUAUCGAAAGUUAUUCAUGUAUAGCAGUUAUGUUCGAUAUGGACUGGAGGCUCUCACAGUAGCCAUGUACGGUUUUAAUAGACCGAGACUACCUUGCCCAGCGGAAGAAAUAUAUUGUCAUUAUAGUUCGCCCAAAAAGAUCUUUCAAUUGAUAGCUCUAGAGAAUGCUCCAAAUUAUUGGGUGGAUUUGCUAGCUCUUAUUAUUAUAUUUAUUAUUUAUAAGAUAAUGUUUUAUUAUUUAUUGAAGCAAAGAGUGCAACCAAACAAAACUAUUGAGAUACUUCAAAUAAUCGGGAAAUCCGUCAAGAACCAUUUCAAUAUAUGAUUGUUAAUGCUUUUAGCUCAACGCUCUUUAAAACAAAUUUUAAAUUCAAAAUGUAAUUGUGAAAAAAAUACGAUUAUUGAUACAAUGAUAGGUUAAACGUAAUAUUAAUUGUUGUUAAAAAAUGAUUUGUACCAAUAAUAUAAAAAGUUGAUAAUCUGUUAUAAUUUUUGUUAAAUAAAAAAAAGUAAAUCGCGUA